AUGUGUCGCGUAAAUUCAGAUUCUAUCAGCUUUAGUUUACCCCCUUUAAAUCCAAGAUUAGUCUGCGAUUUCUCUUUUGAAUAUACCAUUGAUAAUCGUAUCGUUAUUAAUACAAGCUCUACAACUGUUAUACCAUUUAUCUUGAAUGAUGUACCAUUUUCUUUGAAUGGAAACGAAAUAGACGUGACAGAUCAAAUCAAAAUGGGUCAAAAUAGACUAAUAUUCAAUACAAUGAACGAAAGGCAGGUUAUCACUGCAAAUGUUCAAUGGGAAAAAGCCAAAAACGUUGAAGCGGUCGUCUACAAAAUUAUGUCGAAAUUCCCUCCAAUGGAAAUUGUGCCCACUAGCGAGUUUGUCAACGAAAUUGAUCCGAUUUCUAAAAAUCAGAUCAGCUUCCCAGGCCGAGGGUCUACGUGUACUCAUGCUCAGUGCUUUGAUCUCAAGGCAUUUUUGAAUAGAGCUUUUGAAACUUCGCAUUGGGAAUGUCCUUUAUGCGGUACCUAUCUUACAGAGAACGAUCUGCGCUAUGAUCCUUGCUUUUUUAGAAAUUGCGGUACUUCAUUUUUAGCCGACGACCUGUAUGAUACUAAUGUUAACGACUUCUUUUAA